UCAGUCCGGCGGUGGCGUUCACACGCUCAUACACACUCUCACACACACUCUCUCUCACACACGUCCUCCCUCCUCGUCCUGGACAUGAACACCUGAUUUUUCUCACCUGCAUGAUGGAGAGCUAGACGGUCAAAAAAAAAACAAAAAAAACAAAACACCAGCUGAAUGAAUUCAAAGAGCGCCAUGCCCUGCGCUUUCUGACUCGCACACACACACGUUUCCAGCCGUGAGAGAGUGAGAGAGAGGAGAGAGAGAGGAGAGAGAGAGAUGAUUCAGCCCGAGCUCCACAAUCAUGUGGCUCCUAACACGGAGCCCAGUCCUGCAGACACAGCUCCAGCAUCCCUCAGCCUGCUGCACAGGAUCCGGAGAGUCUUCACCAGGGAGCUCCUCCUCACACUAGCGCUCGGUCAGGUCCUGUCUCUGCUCAUCUGCGGGAUCGGACUGACCAGCAAGUACCUGGCCACUGAUUACCACGCCAACACACCCGUGUUCCAGUGCUUUCUCAACUACAUCCUGCUGUUCCUGGUCUACACCACCACACUCGCAGUCAGGCAGGGAGAGGAGAAUUUACUGGCAAUCCUGAAGAGACGAUGGUGGAAGUACAUGAUCCUCGGCGUGAUUGAUAUCGAAGCCAACUACCUGGUCAUUAAAGCUUACCAAUACACCACACUUACCAGUGUACAGCUACUGGACUGCUUUGUCAUCCCCGUCGUGCUCCUGCUGUCCUGGUUCUUCCUGCUGGUGAGGUAUAAGGUGGUGCAUUUCGUCGGCGUGGGCGUCUGCCUGCUCGGGAUCGGCUGCAUGGUAGGAGCCGACGUGCUGGUGGGACGACAGCAGGGUCUUGGGGACCAUAAGCUGCUCGGAGACCUGCUUGUUCUGGCCGGUGCCACACUAUACGGCAUCUCUAAUGUGUGUGAGGAAUUCAUUGUGAAGAACUUGAGUCGUGUAGAGUUCCUGGGCAUGAUGGGCCUGUUCGGUUCCUUCUUCAGCGGCAUCCAACUAGCCAUCAUGGAACACAAGGAGCUGUUGAAGGUGCAGUGGGACUGGCAGAUAGGGUUACUGUACAUCGGCUUUAGUGCCUGCAUGUUUGGCCUGUACAGCUUCAUGCCUGUGGUGAUCAAAAGGACCAGCGCCACGACGGUCAACCUGUCUCUGCUCACUGCUGACCUGUACAGCCUCUUCUGCGGCCUCUUUCUAUUUCAGUACAAGUUUUCAGCUCUCUACCUGCUGUCGUUCUUCAUCAUCUUGCUCGGCUUGGUGAUCUACUCCUCCUCCUCGACCUAUGUGGCGCAGGACCCCCGCGUUUAUAAGCAGUUCCGUAACGCAGGAAAUCCCAUCCCGGACACGCCCAACGUCGGCCCCUUGGAGCCUUCAGUGACCUACAGCAGCCUGGGGCAGGAGAUAGAGGACGAGCCUCGGGUUCGAGUAGCCUGAGGGGGCGGAGUCACAUGCACGCAAUCAUCCACGGCCCCUCCCGCAGCGCGUAGAAAGUGAAUGAUGAUAAUCAGAGAAUAAUGUAUAUAACCACGUAGCAAACAAGUACACUGUGAUCACGAACUGUGAAUAGGUAGCAGUGAUCUCGGACUGUCUCGGAUCCAUCGUGUAUAAACCUCAUCGCCUCCACACGCAGCAGUUUAAGUGUUUGAGGAUCUGUUUUGACUGUUUGUGCAAAAUCUCAAUUGUGACUUUUAUUUUCUUACAUGAGCACAAAAGGGUUCAAUGUAUCUGAAAUAUUGACAUGCAUUUUUUGCUAUCAUUAAUAUUUUAAAGGAACAAAUCGGCCAAAAAUAAAAUGUAAGAUUAUAUAAUUUUACUCCGUACACUAAAUGUAGUCAAUCAGCUAAAUUAGCAUUCUUAAUUUUGCACUGGAGCAACAAGGCUAACGUGGCUAACACUUAAGAAAGGUUUAUAGCUACCAGUUUAACACAAUUCAAACUGCAUGCCUGAAUCAUCACACAGUCACCUUAAAAACUCUGUGGAGCUGUUUAUUGUCUUGUGCAUGCGGUUUUUGACACUGUGUAACACACAAAUAUUUCAGAGCUGAAAACAGUCUCAGCUCCAUCAUGAAGCUGGAAUCAGGCUCAGGUAAGAUCCGUGGCCUAGAACGUGAAGGUUGAAUAGUAUGCUAGAAGUGAUUUCGUUGAUAAUGUACUACCGAUGUGAUUUUUAUAUUUCAUUUUCUUAAUACAGACUGUUAUUGUAUAAAAUUGUUUACAUACAAAUGGUGUAAUUGAUUCAGUUGAUGUCCUCUGAGGUGCAUGCGGUUGUGCUAAAAUGGUGGCUAUAUGCUUUUAUACCACAGCAUUGUUGAAUUCCUGAAUCUGACUGGUCAGAACGUGUUUAUUAAUUUUGUGUAAGAGCAGCUCUGUAGUAGUGCUGGCUGCAAACACUGCUAAUACAUCAUCGUUUCUAUAGUUACACAGGGACUUAUAUGGUGGACGCUCCACAUAACCUUAGGCUAAUAAUAAACAGAUUAAAAUGUGCUGUUAUUUAACAAAGAAAAACAUAAUCUUUGAUAUUGUGAAGUUUUCUGUAAGGAGAUGUUUAUUUAACGUUUAUGGAAGGAGUCUCCAGUGUCAGUGCUUUGCGUCAGCGCUUUGUAAAAGUCAGUGAGAGUCAGAGGAUGUUACGUGUUCCAGUUUAUCAGUAACAUGACAAGCUUGUUUUGUUUUUUUGUUUGUUUGUUUUUUGUCGUAUUAACUUCAAGAGCGCAAAAUAAAAUCAGAGGCUGAUGAGGGAACAACUGAAGUGAUACUAAAAACUAACUUGUUUUGUGGACGUUCCACAACAUUGUAACAAUGUAACUAUAAACUGGUAAAAUGAUGAUGUGUUGUUCAAUUAAAAAAAAUAAUAAUAAUAAUAGUUGGAAAUAAUUGUAGUGUAAACGAAUAAAGCACACUUUGGGGUGUGCUGUUAUUGGAAAAUAGUGAACAUUGGGAUGGCUCCGCGUCAGGCCACAUCUCACCACCCUGUUGUUGUUUACUUUUGUUGUUAAAACAGGACGUUCCCUAGUGUUUAACCCCUUACACGUUUACAUGAUAGCUACAUUAGCCUCAUAGCUCCAGUGCAAAACCGGAGAAACUUCAGACACCAAACGUUACGGCUAAUUACGUUUCAUUUUAGGAUCACUUUUGCUUUAAUCGAUUCUGAGUUACAGUAAAUUAUAAACUGAUUUGUUAAGAGCCAGUGCCUUGCCAUAUAUAGGUAAUGUUGGUGAAACAGUCAACAGUGUCAGUUUUCCACUUGUCUGAGAACAUAGAUUUGUGAGAAAGUGCAUUCUCAGCUGGAAAUUAAAAUAUAUUACUUAUCAGAAAACCAGAAUGAAAAACACACACAAACACACACAUUUAUGGGGUCUCUUUUAUCCAUCUUAUUUUACUGUUACACCACAUUGUUUAAUCGUCCUUUUGAACAAACAAAAAGAAUGUCAUAGGGUUUUUUGUGUUUUUAUUCUGUCAUGAAAAUAUAUGACGUUUUCCUUUGUAUUAAAUAUACAAUAUGUGUACUAGCUUGAUUGUAAACUUGUAAAAAACAAACAUUUAAAUGCACUUGUCUUAUAUUUAAUUUGUUUUAUGGCUGGUCGUCAGCCACAUCAUAGUCCUUUGAAGUAUUAUGAGCAUUUGGAUAAAAUCUAUGUAUAUAGUUAUUAUUUUGAGCAAAUUCUCUAAAAAUAUUGUUUUUUGUUUUUUGUCAUUUACAUACUGGAAUUCUUAAUGUGUCUGAGUUGUCGCUUUAAAUAAAGGAUCUUUGUCUUAAAGCUCAAAAUGACUAAUUGU